AAAGUAUCUUAUAAUUCGCGGUGCUCGUUACGCACCAUAACUCAGGAAGCUCCAUCAAUGGCGACUCUAACUCCAAUUUGUUCAAUACCAACGAAACUGAAUUUGAAUAUCCAACAAAAACAACACAAUCUCAAUUUCCCACUUUUCAAUUUCAAAAUUGCAAAGCAAAAUUCAAGAACUUCAACCACAGUAAUCCGUUCAUCCUCUACCGCUAACCAGAACCAGUCUUCUCCGGGAUUAUACUCCGCCCAGAAAUUCGAACUCACCGCUUCAAACGUCGAUCUCGUUCUCGAAGAUGUUCGCCCUUACCUCAUCUCUGACGGAGGAAACGUCGAUGUUGUAUCCGUUGAAAACGGCGUCGUUUCUCUUAAGCUACAAGGUGCAUGUGAAAGUUGUCCUAGCUCAACCACAACCAUGAAAAUGGGAAUCGAACGCGUUCUUAAGGAGAAAUUUGGAGAUUCCAUUGAAGAUAUUGUGCAAGUGUUUGAUGAUGAUCAAGCAAGGGAAACAACGGUUGAGGCGGUGAAUAAUCAUCUAGAGAUAUUGAGACCGGCAAUUAAAAAUUAUGGAGGUAGUGUGCAAGUGUUGUCUGUUGAAGGUGGUGACUGUGUUGUGGAAUAUGUUGGACCUGAGUCCAUUGGAUCAGGUGUUAAAGCUGCGAUCAAGGAGAAGUUUCCAGAUAUUCUCAAUGUUACCUUCUCUACCUAGGUAGUAAUUCAAUGCAAUGCAUCCUCAUUCUUCAUUGCAAUUUUGUACUGUCUUUGCAAACUAGUUAAUUAAAAUAUGAUCACUCCUUCCUUCUGAAUAUACUUGGAUAUGUAUGUAUAACAUAAGACCCAUCAUUUGAUAGGACUUUAAUACGUAUCAUGUAAUUACAACUCAGUUACCAUUGUUUUUAUAAUUGUGUA